AUGACGAUAGAUUAUGGAAAGCGUUGGAAGAACAUUAAAAGCGCGGUUUUACAUAUUCUCUCACUAAAAUCAGUCGACUGCCUGUCUAGUACCAUCGAACAAGAAUCCAAGAAGGGCGUCAGACAUGUGAUGGAGCUUGCAGAAUCAAAUGAGACGAUUGAUCCACUUGGAUUCGGUCGUUUUAUAUCAAUGAAUCUGAUACCUGCUAUUGCCUUUAAUAUUCCUAGUGCAAAGAAUGUUGAUGAUCCCAUGUUUAAAGAAAUAGUGAAAAUUAUGUUUCCGGUUCUCAAGAUCUCAGAAAUAUUAUUCGGAAGGGAUAGAAAGAUGCAGAGAUAUGUUGAUAAAGAACUGUUUCCCUUUAUGAGGCAGAUCAUCAAAGAUGCUCGUGAAAGUAGUGGUGAUAGUUUAGUGAAGGAAAUUGAUAGUGUAAGAAAAGAAUAUGAUAUUGAUGAAAUGGGGAUAAUUGUUCUUAUGGGUGAAAUCCUUCACGCAAGGUCUGACUCAGUGUAUGAGGAAGUCAACGCGUUCAUCAAAAGACAUGAGCCUGACCCAACAUUUGCUGAUAGGGAGGAAUUGCCUUAUUUUAUUGCAUUUGAAAAGGAAUGUAUUAGAUUCCGUGCUGUUGUAGAUAUAGGCUAG